AAGAAAGCGCGUGAUUGUACCGGGGACCGAGGUCGAGCAGCAAGCAACAGCAACAAACAGCUCAGCAACGAAACAACCGCGACAAACCUCCCAGCCAUCUUCACCAACCACAAACCACCUACCUCACAACAUAAUACAAUGGCUGACGAUAACAGCAAGCCAAAUGCCGUCGAAGAAGAAGUAGUGGUACCACAGAAGACGGAGUCAGAACAACCAGAACAAGCGGAAGAGACAAAGUUAGAAGUGGCCGCUCCAGCAGUCGCGGACACUCAAGAAGUCACCACCCCCGAAGUUGCCAAAGUGGCAACACCUGAGCCAACGCCAGUAGCCGAAACAGUACCAGAAACUCCGGAAACUGCGGAGCCUAAGGAUGCAACAGCGCCAACAGGCGUUUCGAAGGUAGAGCUGCCUGCAGAGCUAAAGACAGUCCACUCGUCGCCGCCACCGCGCGACUCUCCGCUUCAACAGGAAGACGACGCCCCCAAGGAUCAUCGUGAACGUGAGGAAUUGCUCGAUGAUGCGAUCACCUUCCUAGAAACCGGCAGCGUGCGCGACGCGCCGGUUAAGGAGAAGCAGGAGUUUCUGCAGGCAAAGGGGCUGACUGCCGCCGAGGCCCAGGACCUCAUACUCAAGGUCCAUGGAGCUGAUGGAAAUGGAAAUGGGAAUGGAAAGAGGAGGAGGAGAUCGAAGGGCAAGGGGAAGACAGUAGUGAGCCAGAGUUCACAGAUUCAAGCACUUCCACCUCCCCCACCACCGCAGCAACAGCCAGUUCUUCAGAUGCAGCCAACCCCUACAAUCCUCACAUAUCCCGAAUGGCUUGCGCCACCUCCGCCCGCAGGACCUCGUCCGCUGAUGACUGGCGCAACACUCGUCAGCUCUCUAUACCUCGGUGCUGCUACAGCGGCUACCGUCUACGGCGCGAAUAAGUUUGUCGUUCAGCCUAUGCUCGACGCAUUGACGGCGGCACGUCUCGACUUGUCGGGAACGGUCAAGAAGAACCUCGACGAGCUCAACACCCGACUUCUCGAACUCGCUCCCGCGUCUUACAUCGCCGGUAAGGGUCUGACGCGUCCCCGCGACGAGAAUGAGGACUCCGACGCAUCGUCCGAUAUCUCGGAUCCGAGUGAGCUCUUCCACGUCGAUGCGUUUACCCAGACCAAUGCAUCACUGUCCGGGCACGACGACGACGAGGCGGGUGGUGGGGCCAUGACUCCGGACUCCAAGCUUGAGGAGUUGACGUCGCAGAUGAAGGUGCUUGUCGAGAGCCAUUCUGACGGGACCGAUAACGAGCUCACUUUCCUGCUGGAGGAUCUGACGAGCUACCUUGAGGGAUUGACCUAUGAUUCGGCGGCGUCAAGCAACAUCUUCGCCAGCAACUUCGGUGGAUACGGCGGCAGCGACAAGGACAAGGAUGACCCGAUCUUGAAGGUCAAACAGGAGAUCAGGAGCGUUAAGGGUGUGUUGUUGAACACGAAGAACUUCCCGGCGUCUAGGUAGGAAGUCCGGCACAGUGAAUAUACAAAUACAGAUAGCAGCGAGUUCGAAUUCAAGCGUUAUGAUACCGUGGAGAGCUAUGGUUCUUCAGUCUUUGGGGUUAAUUUGUAUUAUAUGGGGGAAAUAUGAGAGCGACGAUUUUACAGAAAUAUGAGAGCGAGCCUGG